AUGCAACAUCCAACUCUCAUUCAUUCCCAUCUCCUCGCAGCUGCUUUUGCGCUGCGCAAAUUGUCAAUGGCCAAAUAUCCCGGCAACAAAAUGCGCGCCCUAAAGCCCAUGAGGGAACGGCUGACGGCGCCCUGGGACAUGCGCGUUAACGAAAAAGACAUGGAAAAGCUGACCACCGGGUUAGAAUCUGUCAAUAUGGACCAGCAAUGGAACGUGCUGGUGGAAAAUCCCGAUAAGAACGAUAGUUCCACCAUUUCUAUCCAUUUUAUACGAAGCUGGACCGGGAACGACAUUUAUAUCCUUCAUCUCGAUAAUCUAAACCAACAAGGACAAAGUCACCCCGAGAGAGGCACCAAAGUCCGUGACUCCGUGGUAUUACAUGGGAAGGGAACAAAAACGGCGUACGCAUCGACGCCGAACAGGCACAAAAGGAGGUUGUGCUUUUGGCCAGGAAUUUGUUAG